AUGGACCUUCGGGGCACAAGGUUCGUAUUGUCGAGGGACGAGCUCUUGACGUUGCCUGAAUUCGUACUUCUGUCUCUCUUUCCAAAUGGGCUCUUCCCUGAGGGUCAUAUGGGUGGUUUCCCUGAUGGCGAUGCUGUCCAGGUCGAUUAUGACCCCGCAUCGCUGCAGUACAUGCUCGACUUUUUCCGCACUGUCGCGCAGUCGAUACCUACCGAGGCAUCUCCAAGCCCUCCCCAGGAUGAGGAUGCUACAACUGGUGAUUCCAUGGGCUCGAGGGACGACUCGUCAAAGAGAGCGGGUAUUAUCGUUCUGCGAGAGGACCUCGACUUUUAUGUCAUUCCCCCACAAGCUGACAUUACACAACCCAAGAUGAUGGAAGUUAAAAGAGCUGCGGGCAAGGCACUUCUCCAACAGAGCGGCAUAUUCUCAGGCCUGAAACGAAGCGAUGAGCCGGGAACUACGGAAGCUCACCUCAUUGAGAUGUUGACAGCCGGUGGGUUCAAUCAUGACGACAAUUGGGGUCACCGGGCAGGCGAGCCGAACAAGGCGGUAGUUUGUAGCUUGGCCUUGGCACGUCUACGCAGCGACAUUCGGGGUAACGAGAUGGGCAACAACGCUGUAGGCAUGGCGCAGAAGCUACUACUUUUUUGGCGCAAGCCCGCGAGGCGUUGCUGGUGGGAAGGCGUCGAGCUUGAAAACGUCGAAGGUGUCCAGGGCAAACUUAAGGUCUGGAUUAGACGCGUUUGGACCCUAGAGAUGAGCGUCAUCGGCCUCCGAUGA